CUACUUCCCUGUCUCCCUCACUCCCCGUUCCCCCGGCCCUCCCGUCUUGCCCCAUUCCUUCUCCUCCUCCAUUGUCCUCCCUUUCCCCUCUCUCUCCCCCUCUCCCUCCGUCCUUGAGCGCAGGGUCAAAGCCGCGGCCCGUCCCCUCCUCUUGCCGCCGGCCCCUCCUCUUCCUGCCGGGCGCCGUUCCCGGCCCGUUCCCGAGGCCCGGGCGGCGGCACCAGGUUUAUGCCCGUCUGGCACCAGCGAAGGAGUUUGGCCACUGCUGGGAUACAAAGGCUGAUCUAAGUGAAUCUGUAACCUGAGGGAUGAUCCAGAUGUUGCUGUGAAAUACCAAAAAUGUGCUGUGAUGACCUCCUUUGCAAAUGUACCAGGUCGUUAAUCUUGAGGCAUUGAUCCAUGGGAGUAGGACAUUGAGCUGUUGCUGAAUGUUGUUUAUGAUGUAGCUGCAUCUGAAGAAAUCCCCAGUGGCUUUGUGUCAUGCUGAGUAACAACAUGGGACAUGGUUUCAUGGGACGGGGAGCCAUGAUUCCAAGGAAGCUGAAGCCGUUUCUCUGCAGGAUGUUGUCGGGUUACAAACCCAAAAAUGACAUCAAGGACUCUUACAAAAUUCUGGGGCUCGAGGAAGGAUGUUCCCUCGAUGAUGUCCGAAACUCCUAUCGAAAUCUUGCCAAAAAAUACCACCCGGACAGCAGCUCCGGCAUGGCUGAUUCCAAGGCCUUCAUAAGGGUGGAGGAGGCCUACAGGGUAGUGCUCAACGACCUGGAAGCCAAACAGAUAUCGGAUCCCGGCGAGGAGGAGGAAGACCAGUUCAAAUCCAAAUCCCUGCAGCACAGACACUACCUGAGCUUCGAGGGCGUGGGCAUCGGCACGCCGAGCCAGAGGGAGAAGCAGUACAUGCAGUUCCGCGUGGACCGUGCCACCGAGCAGGUGCUGCAGUACCGGCAGCAGAGGCUCGAGAACCGCUACGCCGGCAGCGACCUGAGCAGAGCCGAGGACGUGAGGCAGAGCAAGAAAGUGAAGAUAACUCAGGCGGUGGAACGGCUGGUUGAGGACCUCAUCCAGGAAUCCAUGGCCAAAGGAGACUUCGACAACCUCAGUGGCAAAGGGAAGCCUUUGCAGAAGUUCUCGGACAGUCCCCACAUCGACCCCAUGACCCACAACCUGAACAGGAUCCUCAUUGACAAUGGGUACCAGCCCGAGUGGAUCCUGCUGCAGAAGGAAAUCCGGGAGACCAUUGAGCUGCUGAGGAAGAGCAUCGUGGCCUCCAGGAGGAAGCUCGGGGAGCCGAUGACGCUGUCGGAGCAGAAGCAAUGGGGUCGGGUUUGCGAGCAGUUUGCAGAAGACAUCAGGAAAUUAAACAAGAGAGUCGACAACUUCAACCUGGUCGUGCCCAUUCUGAGCAGGCAAAUGGUGCAUUUCAGCACGGACAAGGAAAUCCUCCGAGCACAAAAGACUUACGAGGCUGUCAUGGAAAAGGUUUCUGAUUCAGACACGAAGGAAAACGAGGGGGAAGAGGGUAAAAGGUUUGGGUGGAAGUCUUCUCUCUUUAAGUGGUUAAAACUUACACUGAAAUAAUUUCAUACUAACUCCUCUUGUCAAGGUUUUGAAUGCACUUUAUUAAUGAAAUGUAGCACUAGACAAAUUUCAGGUUCGCUGAAAAUGUCAAAUCCACACUGUCACCCCACUUAAUGGAAAUUUGGUUGUGUGAUGGACGUUUGCAUUAUAAAUAAUUGAGUUAUUUUUAAAUAUUAUUAAAUUAAAUGUGCCAGCUUG